AUGCAGAAGUGCCUCACACGGUGCUUUCUAUUAUUUUUUCUAUCAUUAACAUGUUCGAGCUCAGAUCCAGUAGUUAUUCAAACUUUAAAAAAUGGGGAACAAUACGAAGGCCAUAAUAAUUUUGGAGUUUCAACUAAUCAAGGUAUUGCCAACUUUGAGGGUGACGCAGGAUUCAACAAACUCAAUGAAAAAAAUUUAGUAAAUUCUAUGUCAAAUGUCCGGUACGGCGAGCAGAACAAUAACAAGAAUGACCACUUGAGUGCUAAUAAUUUCAAUACAGGAAAUUUUUUUAAUAAAGGUGGUACGGCAGAUAAUAGUUUCGAGGAUAAAAAAGUUCAUCAAAAAGGCCAUCAACGUAAUGGAUUCCAUAAUAGCUAUCACAAAGACGAGGUCGGGAGCAAUUCCAGUUUUUAUGAUAGUGGUAGUGAUGAAGGUGGUCAACACAUUCGAAAAAGCGAUUCAGGUUCUUAUGGAAACGCCAUGGAAGAUAAUAAGCAUGGAAAUCAUCUUGAUAGCUCUUAUCAUGCAAAUCAAGGAGUGAACCAAGGUCAAUACGACAAUGCUCAUAUAUAUGACGCAGAUAGGAUGAAUAAUCAGAAUUACAACAGAAAUCAUCAAUUUGAUGAUCGGAGAAUCUCUAAUCAAGGUGCAAAUUCAUUUGGAGCAGGUGGAAUUUACGAUGAACAAAGAUACGCGAGUCCUCCUUACCGUAGAGAUCAUUAUGCAGGAGGUGAUGGUUAUUAUGAAGGCUACGAUAGAAGUUAUCCAAAGAGGCGAAUUACAAUUUUUGAGGACCCUCGAUACGAUGAACAUCCAAAUCAAAUGCGAUAUAAUCAUGAUAGAAUAGAAUUAGAUGUCCGACCGGCAAAGAGACAUCCUGAUUAUUUUCAUCGUAGACGACAUGGAUAUUAUUAGGAUUCUAUUUAUUUAUAUACAGGUGCUCAGGAACUGAAUGCCGAUAUUUCAAAAGCAAAUAGAAGAAAUCAA